UCAUUUCUUAGCCGUCAAACUCACACAAACACACACAGUUUCUCACCUUCCCCUUCCCCCCUCCCCAAAAUCAAUGGGUCGUGUAAUCAGAGCUCAACGUAAGGGUGCUGGGUCCGUCUUCAAGUCCCACACCCACCACCGCAAGGGCCCCGCCAGGUUCCGCAGCCUCGACUUCGGCGAGCGCAACGGCUACCUCAAAGGCGUCGUCACCGAGAUCAUCCACGACCCGGGUCGCGGUGCCCCGCUUGCCCGAAUCACCUUCCGCCACCCUUUCCGGUACAAGAAGCAGAACGAGCUCUUCGUCGCCGCCGAGGGCAUGUACACCGGCCAGUUCGUCUACUGCGGGAAGAAGGCCACCCUUGUCGUUGGGAACGUGUUGCCCCUGAGAUCCAUUCCCGAAGGAGCUGUGGUGUGUAACGUCGAACACCAUGUUGGAGAUCGUGGGGUUUUCGCUAGAUGUUCUGGGGACUAUGCCAUUGUUAUUAGUCACAAUCCUGAUAACGACACUUCCAGGGUCAAACUCCCAUCUGGUGCUAAGAAGAUUGUUCCAAGUGGCUGCCGAGCAAUGAUUGGGCAGGUUGCCGGUGGAGGGAGAACUGAGAAGCCCCUUCUCAAGGCUGGUAAUGCUUACCACAAAUUCAGAGUGAAGAGAAAUUGCUGGCCCAAGGUACGUGGUGUGGCUAUGAAUCCAGUUGAGCAUCCUCAUGGAGGAGGUAACCAUCAACAUAUUGGACAUGCUAGCACCGUCAGGCGUGAUGCACCUCCUGGUCAAAAGGUUGGUCUCAUUGCUGCCAGGAGGACUGGUCGGCUUAGAGGACAAGCUGCUGCAACUGCUUCUAAAGCUGACAAGGCUUAAAAGAGUGUUAUAUUUUUUAUCUGAUGCUUCUCUUGAUUAUCAUCUAAGACUAGUCGGUGAACUUUAUUGCAGAAAUUUUGUUUUGGAUUGUCUUCUUUUUCUUUUUUCUUUUUUAAAUUAUAAGAAUUGGUUUGUGCACGUUUUGAAAUUAGUCCAAUUAAACUGUUCCUAUUUCUGUUGAA